AUGGCCCAGCAAGGAGCCUCGCUCGAGCCUGGGCCUAGCCAGUUGUCGGCCGAAGCACCGCCUUUUGUGCCCUUUGCUCCAGCACCGCCUGUUGAUUGCAACAUCGCCUCAGCCCUGCCUUGGAUAGCAGCCAGUGGAGAUGCUGACACCCACGGUGCAUCAAUGGCGACUCUGCCGCCAGGCCUGAUCCUGGAAUCAACAGCCCAGAGCCUUGCGCAUGAUUUUGCCUUCGAUUUUGACUGUGCCAGGCCUCAACCCAUUGCACCUGCAACCAGUGAGCCUGCAGAGCCCAAGCCCUCACAAGCGCAUCCGCCUGAGCACCACAGUCGAGCUGUGCCACCCGGGCCGACCUUAACCUCUGACCCCCUCGCUUGCAGGACAGAUGAUUGGGCACUGCCGUGUGCGGAGCCUUUGCCGUCACAGCCUGAGUCUCGCUCGUCAGUGCUAGGAUCCAAGCUGCCAGCCCACAGGACUUUUGAUCUGGAGCCACCUGCCUACAGCCUGUCUGCCUGGCACGCGCCGUUCGUGUCAGCACAGCCUUACUGGACACAACAGUCGUCACCUGCUCUUGCCUGUGACCCCCUAGCAGCUCAUUUUCCUUGGCCCGCCGACAGGUACCCGUACUACUUUGACACCGGACCUCCUGGCUGGGAGCAGCUGCCCGAGCCUCCGGUUGUUCACUGCACUUCGGGUCUUUCGGGUUCUUCGGGGGGGAUCGGCUUUGACUUAGCAGGGGUCACCGACUUUGCUGCAUUAGCCCCCGCAUUCACGGAGUCAGCCACUGUAAUCGAUGCACAACCUCAGGGUAGAGUUGCGAGUCGAAGGCCGCCACACCCAGCCGGACAUUGCAUUGCGUGGGCUGACGAGACCCGUGCCUGCAGCCCGGCGAUCGACCAUGCGCAGCCGAACUCUCCUCAGCUAUCGCCCGCAUUUUGGCAAGUACCCGGCACCCUAGGCCCUCCCCUUAAUACCCACAGGUCUGCAGUGCCGCCGCAGACCAGCAGGACAACCGACACUGCCUUGCCGACUCCGACCGCUUGGCCCUCAUUGCUUGCACCUGCUGCCGAUGCUGCUGUAAAGCCCGCUGACGAUGCACUCAGUUCCCUGCGGGACUUGAUGACUCCGCCUUGCUUCGAGACAGCCAGCACCCAAGCACAGCUGCUGGCGUUUGUUCAAGCUGCCGCGGGCUCAUUGCACACCCUCAGCACCGACACUGCAAGCACUGAUGCUCGAGGCCACCUGGCGAGCUUCUCGCCAACAGCUAGGCCCACCGCAACCGCCGACGGUCCCACACAGACAGGCCCCGGUCCCAAGUCCGGGGGUGGGAACCAACAUUACUUCACCACACCUGCACAUGAACCCACAGAUGCGAGGGUUGGACUCAGGACCGAGAGUUCAGAAGCCCCCUCAGGUUUUACCACGGAUGAUGCCAAGGCGAAGUCAGGUCCAUAUGCCCCAUUGCAUCACCGCAAGAAAGCACUACAUAAAGCACAGCGGCAAGCCUCCCAACAUGGCUUUGCUCUGUAUCGCGGUCAGGUGCUCUCUUCUUUACAUUUGCAAGCACCUCGACCGCACGAGCCUUCCACUGCUUUGUCGUCUGCACAGUCGGCCCCUCGGGACCUUACUGGGCGAGCGCAAGCAAUGAGCAGCCAACGUCGGCAACACCGGACCCGCCGAUGCAGACUUGUGUCGUGGAACUCCAGCGGCCUCACCUCCCUUGUUUGGGCCGAGCUCAAGGCCUGGAUGCAGGCACACCUAGCCUCUGUUGAUGUACUGUGCGUUCAGGAAACUUACUGGAGGGACGACCUACACUGGCAAGAUUCCCAUUGGACGUACAUACACCACGGCUGUGCACAGGGUGCCGGGCUCCUAGUAUGCGUGUCCAAACGAUUUGCGCCAGAGGCCUCCCUCAGACACACCCCUGUAAUCCCGGGAAGGCUGCAGCAUCUUCGCAUUUUCCCGGCCGAGGGUCAUCAGCCGCUCGACUUGAUACAUGUAUACCAGUUUGCUUGGCAUCACCGGAAAAAGGACAACACCCAUGAUUACUGGGCCGACUGUCUUCACAGACGUGCCGAAUACCUUCACAAGUUGGGUGCCGUGCUUAAAAGCAUACCACGACGAAAUGUCCAUUGCCUGAUCGGCGAUUUUAACACGCAGCUGCUGACAAAGGCGGGCAUUGUUGGAACGGGGAUCCCUCCCACUCCGGGCCCCCAGCUGGAUGUGCAGGACCUGCUUCAUGUGCUGGAGACUUAUGGUCUCAUUGCAUUGAAUACAUUUGGCUCUGCCCCGGGUAGUACCUUCAUCAAUGACAGUAACAGCACUCAGUCGCAAAUCGACUACAUCCUCGCUCGAGCUGCCCACAGUGACCGCCUCAGCAGGCAGGCCCAACCACUUACUGUUUGGCCGGUGGGCACAGGCCGUCUUGGCAUGAAGCACAUUCCCGUUGCCGGCUCAAUCACCCUGGCCUGGUGCCCCUGGCAACUGCUAUCACGACCCCAACCCACUGUACGCCCGCAUCAGGUCGUCGCUGCACUCCGAGCUGACCCCUCUCUCCAGGCCACCUUUGUGGAUAAGCUUCGUGCCCAACUGCCGGCAGCAGCCACUUUAAAGGACAUCGACCGAGCAUUGCAGGACACAUGGCUUCAGCUCCGCCCGAACUCGCAGGCGGAGCCCUCGGCACCGGUGGGCGCAGCAACUGCACCCACCCAGACGGACACAUCAACACUGGUGCCCCGGAUCUGGGAACUCCGCGCGGAGCGCCGGCUCCUCGCACAGGAUCGCAGCUUACAUGGACAGCUUGCGCACUGGCGGGUUUCAGUGCGAAUUCAGGAGCUUGAAAGAGUUGCCGGAGCCGCCCGGCGGCGUCGCAAGCGCCAAUUCCUCCUUGAACAAAUGGAACAGGCCGAGGCUGCGGCUCAACGGGGACAUCUCACUGCUGUUUACGCUGCUGUACGCCGCCUGGCACCCAAGAAGGCUGGUCUCAAACUCCAUGUUCGUACACCGGAGGGCCACAUGCAGGGACCCCGGGCAGAGCGAGACACGCUUAUAGCCCAUUUUCGCGAGCUGUACCAGGCUUCUUCGGCCCAGCCUGGCCGCGCCUUGCCCUGCACGGAGCAUCUGUUUACAGAAGGUGCCUGCACUGCUGCUUUGAUGCGUCUCCCAGCCCAGAAAGCCGCGCAUCCCAAGUCGGCUCCAGGAGUGCUUUGGAAGCUUGGUGCCUCGAUACUGGGCCCGGCGCUCAGUCACAUCCUGAACAACUCCUACGCCAACGUGCCCAGCAGCCUCCCUCUCGAACUUCGCCAGGUUGCCAUGUGUUUGGUGCCGAAGCCGGGACGUCGAGCCCAACAGCCCUCGGAUGCUAGACCGAUCAGCCUUUUACAUCCUGCCAACAAGGCGCACGCCUCAAUGCUUAAUGAUCUCCUGGCCCCCUUUCUUGUGCCGUACCUGGCCACUGCGCCCCAAUUUGCAUACUGUCACGGCCGAUCCACCAUGGAAGCACUCCAUCGAGUCUUCUCACACUUCCAUGCUGUUCGGGCUCAGGCCCCCACUCGCUCUCGGAUGGUGCAGCGCCGACGUGACAACACCGCUCGCCACCCAUGCACUGGCGGCCUCAGCUUCUCGUUGGAUGUGGCCCAGGCCUUCGAUUCCAUACCCCGUUGGGUUGUCGUUGCCGCCCUACGAGCUGCGGGGACCCCGGAGGCCAUUAUCACUCAGGUCGUAGCACUGCAUGCACAGAUUCUUCUCGAAGUUGACCACGGCGGCGAGGUGGCUACUUGUCACACGGCUCGGGGCGUGAGACAGGGCUGUCCGCUGUCGCCCUCUUUGUGGGCAGCCGCGACCACCUUCGUCUACCACCGCCUUCUUGAAGAGCUCGGCCCUGGUGCGGCUCAGGUUCUCACAGUCUUCGCUGAUGAUAUCAUAGGCCAAUGGCAAAUCACCUCCCUGACAGCACUGCAGGACAGCUUGGACCAGAUCCGACGGCUGACUCGCGUGCUCCAGCAUCACGGGUUCCAGGUCAGCCCCAAGAAGAGUGUGAUAUUGCUUCAGGUCAUUGGACCCCAUGCCGAGAGAUGCCUGGGCAAACUCCGCUUCCGUGACCAAGGUGUGGCAAAGAUCAGAGUGGCAGCGGACCUCUCCUACCCGGUGGUUAGAAGGCACACCUACCUCGGAAUGAUCAUUGGCUACGGGGCUUUUGAACGUCACUCGGUUGACUAUCGCUGCAAACGAGCUGCCCAGGUCUUUGCACGUUUACGGCAGGUGCUCUGUGGCAGACACGGCCUCAGCCAGCAUAACCGACUCCGCCUUUGGCGUGCAAUUGUGUGGCCCUCCCUUAAGUACGGUUUAGCUGCUCUACCUCUAGACCCGAAGAACCUGCAGAGAGUGCGGGGCUUUGCGGCGCGGCACCUCCGCGCUAUUACACACAACCUGGGCCACGAAACGCAUAAGACCAAUCAGGAGCUUUUUGACGAACUCGGCCUUCACCCGGUCAGACUCUUGAGACGGGAGGCCCAAAACAAUUUUACUCGGUUCCAGACCCUCCCUGACUUGCUACGCCUUGACAGGACACGUCAAUGGCAUGCUCUGCUUUUGGCAUCCCUGGUGGAGCCAUCGAAGCAAGCGGCCGAGGACACAGGUGCUCCUUCAGACCUAAACCCUCCUCCCAAGGAAGCCUCGACCCGAGUCGGCAUGCGCCGCCAUCCACGUGAACAGCCUGAAGCCCAGCAUGUAACCCUAGUCGAGAUCGAUGCGGUUGCCCGCCCCUUUGCUUGUCCGGAUUGCCCUUGCACCUUCGCAACAGCAGGCAUUUUGCACACGCAUCGGGUCAAAAAGCACGGGGCGGACAAACGGAGCAGCACCAGACGCACGACACAGCAGCAAAAUCAGGUCGAACACUCCCUAGGCGGGGUCCCAACUUGCCGCUAUUGUCUUACUGAGUUCAAUGGCUGGCGUAAUUUUAACUCGCACAUUCUCUUCAACAAUUGUCCGAAACGACCUGUGGACUCCGCGAAUGCUGUUCCCACGGUCAGCGAGCAAGUUGAAGAUGCCCAUCUGCUAGGACAUUCGUGUCGGGAUGGGAGUUCCGUAGUGCCUGCCCACCCAACCUUGGAUGUGCCGACCACACGUCAGGCUGCCUCCGACUUCCACGCCCGCCUGGUUGCUGAACCGGCCAUUGCAGCUCUUGACCCUGCUCGCCAGAAAGAUUGGAAGCACAUUGCUGGACUCAAGCCACUGCGUGCCCGCAUGGAACACUAUUGCCCUGAAUGCAACCUUUGGGCAGCUGACUCCUCUAGGGUAAAAGUACACUUCAGAGCUAAACACAAGGACCUGCGCGAGAGGCUCGAAAGCACGGAGGUUCAGGCGAAAAGCAUAGCUGUUCUGUUGAAUAUGACAGCAGCCGCGAUGGAACAGGAGGAACAGCAGGAGUGGGACCUCUACUCCAAGUUCAUGGGGACACAGCCGGGCAAAGACCACAACAAGAAGCAGCUCACCCAGGACGAGAAGCAAGAGCUGACGGACCUUCGUCAGCUGUGCGAGCAACUGAUCAGGCUGGCCCUUCGACACGAAGACGGCCUCAAAGCGCUCCAGCUCGACACCUCCUUUGUGAUUUGGUUGCGAGUGGGGCUACCGGGAGGCCUGCCAGAGAGUCUCCACCAGAGCGCCGAGGCAUGGCGAGCCGACCGGGAUCUGGCCCGCACCUCCUUGCGACGGACGGUGGGCUGGGAGGCCAACGCGGAGACGGGUGGCCGACUUGUCCCGGACGCGGAGAAGCAACCGCUCAACAUGCAGGAAGUUCGGGAGAACGUGGACCACAUCGUACGCCUGAGCCAGGACGCGGAUCUGAUCACUCGAUUCUGUCCCACCCGUCCACUGGCAGCAGAGCUUCGGGGACCGUCAAUCACAUUCCUGUGCUCAGUGGCAAACCGCUCGACGCCCUCGGACCAGCUGCACGCAGCCCUGCAAACACUUUGCGCCAAUGCCAGCUGCCAGGUUUUGGGCAUGGCGGUCAAGCCGGAGCGCUUGGCGCGCAGCCCUCUGGCCAAUGCCCUGGCUCGACAGCUCCCGACUGCUCAGCUGGUGAGUCGACCGAGCCUCCUGAAGGCCAAGCUUUUGAACAGGUCCAAUGUGUGCUACUCCAAUUGCACCAUGUUAUGCUUGCUUUGGCUGCAGUGCCAAUGUCGGCAGGAUCUCCUGCCACGUGCUUUACUUUCGUCCCUCGAGGCCCUGCUAAAGGCUGCCAAGCCUUUUUCACUGUGGGAUCUUUGGCAGUUCAAGCAGCUACUACGUCAUUGGAGGGAUCCCGGACGGCAGCAUGAUGCCGCAGAGUUUAUCAAAUCAUACCAGGCGGGGGCUGACACGAAUGGUUUGAGCGGUGUCUGGCAAGCACGCACCACUGCAGGAGAAGUGCGAUUUCUGGGAGACACCUCUCCUCUGCCUCUGUCAGUGCCUCUGACCGACGGCGCCACAGUUCAGCAACUCGUGACAGCCUGGAGUGCCCAAGAUCAGGUACACGCGCUGUGGCGACCUCCUGAGUGCCUAGUCUUGCAGCUUUCGCGAUAUGGCUCACGUGGCAAGCUUCACACGCACAUUAGCCUCGAUGAUGGAGUGGUGCAGUUUCCUUGCUUUGUUGCUUCGACUAACCAUGUAUGCCACGUCGAUUAUCAGCUGCAAGCAGCUGCAAUCCAUUUGGGAAGCACUCCCCACGAGGGUCACUACAGAGCUGCCUUGUUCGACGAAGGGAACAAACUCUGGUAUGCUGAUGAUGGCAAACAUGCCACUUUAGCCAAUGCCAAAACCAAGCGUGAGAUCCAAUCCAACUGUUAUGUGCUUUACUUGACUCGUGUUUGA